AGUAUAAAACAAUCCCUCCACCCGAGGAACAGCACACUUGUACAGUUAGCUCACUUAGUUAAACAUUAGCGCGACGACUCGGCAAAAUGUUUAAAUUGGUUGUGUUCGCUUGUGCCGUAGCCCUAGCUUCUGCUGGUGGCCCAGCUGCUGGUCUCUACCCUGCCGGCACUUACGGUUACGCUGCUGGCGCUUACGGCCUCGCUGCCCCAGCUGCCAUCGCUGCCCCUGCUGCUUACGCUGCCCCAGCUGCUUUCGCUGCACCAGCCCCAAUUGCUCCUGCAGUUGCCGCUGUUAAAUACGCCGCUCCCGCUGCAUACGCCGCCCCCGCUGCAUACGCCGCCCCCGCUGCCAUCGCCGCCCCAGCUGCCUACGCCGCCCCAGCUGUAGCUGUUGCCCCUGCAGUCAAGUACGCCGCCCCCGCUGCCAUCGCUGCCCCAGCUGCCUACGCCGCCCCCGCUGCCAUCGCUGCCCCAGCUGCCUACGCCGCCCCCGCUGCCAUCGCCGCCCCAGCUGCCUACGCCGCCCCCGCCGUAGCCGUCGCGCCCGCUGUCAAAUACGCCGCACCAGCAGUAACCAUCGCUCAAGCCCCAGUUGCCACCCACAUCAAACCCGCUGUCACCUACACCGCCAACCAACAAGUCGGAACUGAAAUCCAGAAGACCGUCCACAUCGCCGAUGUUCCCCAAGUGACCGGAUACAGCCAGAGCAUCAUCAAGCCCAACUUGGGACUCCUCGCCACCCCACCCUUCCAGUACGCCCAGAGCCCAGUCGUCGCCGCUGGCCGCAAGGUCCAGACCAUCAUCCCCCAGGAAACCCGCGUCCAACCCGAAGUCCAUGUCCAGAAAGUGCCUUACGACGUGCCCGUCCCCCGCCCCUACGUUGGAGAAGUUGAGGUCCGCACCCCAGUUGUCCAGGGCCCAACCCCCGUCGUCCACGAGAAGUACCCAGUCCAGGGCGCCCCCAUCGUAGCCCCCGCUAAGGUCGCUGUCCACGACAUCCCCACCCCAGUUGCCGCUGCUCCAGUUGCUUACGCCGCUGCCCCAGCCGUCGCUAAGGUCGCUUACGCCGCCGCCCCUGCCGUAGCUGCCCCAGCUGCCUACGCCGCCGCCCCUGCCGUAGCUGCCCCAGUUGCCUACGCCGCCGCCCCUGCCGUGGCUGCCCCAGCUGCCUACGCCGCCGCCCCUGCCGUAGCUGCCCCAGCUGCCUACGCCGCCCCCGCUGCAUACGCCGCCGCCCCAGCUUACGCCGCUAAGUUGGCCGCUCCUGUCGCCUAUGCUGCCCCAGCAUACGCCGCUCACGGAGCCUACAUCAAGAAGUAAAUCUCAUACACCUGUUCACCAGCAACCUCUCUUCCCUGCUAGAUCUUCAUCUCCAAUACUUGAGUUCCUAUUCCGGCCUUUUGUUGACCAACAAAAGCCCUAGCCGAAAAUAGUUUUUAAAUGUUUUCUUUUUUUUCUCACAAUAAAACUGACUGUUGUGCCAACUUCA